AUGUCGACAGAGACGGAGAUCGAGAACUCUGCAAGUAACUCAAUCAUCAAUGUGGAUGAGCUCCAGAAUUACGGGAUCAACGCUUCCGACUUGCAGAAACUGAAAGGCGCCGGCAUUUUCAGCGUUAACACUCUGCUUUCCACUACAAGGCGCAACUUGCUCAAAAUAAAAGGGCUGAGUGAAGUGAAGGUGGAGAAAGUCAAAGAAGCCGCUGGCAAGAUAAUACAAGUUGGCUUUAUUCCCGCCACGAUACAGGCCGAUAUUAGAAGGCGCGUAUUCGGCAUUUCAACGGGUUCUAAACAGCUUGAUAGCAUCCUAGGCGGUGGGGUCAUGACCAUGAGCAUCACUGAAGUUUUUGGUGAGUUUAGAUGCGGCAAAACCCAGAUGGCUCACACACUUUGCGUAACCGCUCAAUUACCCCGUGAGUUGGGUGGAGGAGAAGGAAAAGUUGCAUACAUCGACACUGAAGGAACCUUUCGUCCUGAGAGAAUCAAGCAAAUUGCUGCAAGAUACGAUUUGGACCCCGAGGCUUGCCUGGAAAACGUCUCAUAUGCUCGUGCUCUGAACAGUGAACAUCAAAUGGAACUAACAGAACAACUGGGCGCAGAGCUUUCGUCAGGUGAAUAUCGUUUGUUGAUUGUUGACUCUAUAAUGGCUAAUUUCAGAGUUGAUUAUUGUGGGAGAGGUGAGCUGAACGAGCGCCAGCAAAAACUGAAUCAACACUUGUCUCGGUUGAAUAGAAUUUCCGAGGAGUAUAAUAUUGCAGUAUUCAUGACAAAUCAAGUGCAAUCAGACCCAGGUGCUUCGGCACUUUUUGCAGGCGCAGAUGGUAGAAAACCAGUCGGGGGACACGUUUUGGCGCACGCUAGCGCAACUAGAAUUCUCUUGAGAAAGGGAAGAGGAGAUGAACGAGUAGCAAAGCUGCAGGAUAGUCCUGAUAUGCCUGAAAGAGAGUGCGUGUAUACAAUCGGAGAACAGGGAAUUAUGGAUUCCAGCGAUUGA